UACAAACAUACAUACCCCUCUCUCUCUCUCUCUCUCCCUCUCUCUCUCUCUUUCUCUGUGUGUAGCAUGGAUUCUCAAGUUAACGUGCUUAGAUGGACACCGACUCCAAGCCCAUCAAGAGCGAUCUCAACAGAGCCAACGAGAAAAAAGAGUGUUGUUGAUGAUGAUGAUGUAGAAAUAGAAAGCUUGGCUUCUGAGGAAGAUGACUUGCCUUUCAACAACAUCAAAAAAACCAAUUUCCCAUUUAGCACUGGCCCUUCUCUCCCUCCCACUACUACCAUUGAUUCUCCACCACCACCACCACCACCACCACCUCAUGUUGGCUCCAUUGAAGCGGCAUCACUGAGGGUGGUGGAGGUGGAGAUCAAAAGGUCGCUGGAGGUGGAGACAGUUCAUGUUGUUGAGCCACCACCACCACUGCCAAAGCAAGAAGACUACGUAGUAAGAUUUAACAAUCAUGUGGGUGGGGAGGAAGGGGGGUCGAAGAAGGGGACCGAAAUUUACUUGACGUGGAAGGAAUUGUGCGUGACGGUGCCAGAGAAGAAUGGUGAGAGGAGGGCCAUUUUGGAGGGGGUGACUGGCUAUGUUGAACCAGGUGAGGUCUUGGCCAUCAUGGGUCCUUCUGGUUGUGGCAAGUCUACUCUUCUUGAUGCUUUAGCAGGGAGAUUAGGUUCAAACACAAGGCAGACUGGAGAGAUCCUCAUCAAUGGCCGCAAACAAACCCUAGCCUUUGGCACUUCGGCCUAUGUGACUCAAGAUGACACACUAAUGACAACCCUAACGCUAAAAGAAGCCGUGUACUACUCUGCUCAGCUCCAACUUCCGGAUUCCAUGUCAAGAUCCGAGAAGAAGGAAAGAGCAGAGAGCACGAUAAGAGAGAUGGGUUUGCAAGACUCCAUGAACAAAAGGAUCGGAGGGUGGACAUCAAAAGGCCUCAGCGGUGGACAGAAGAGGAGAGUUAGUAUUUGCAUCGAAAUCUUGACGCGCCCUAAGCUUCUCUUCCUCGAUGAGCCUACCAGCGGGCUUGAUAGUGCUGCAUCAUACCAUGUCAUGAACCAUAUCAUCAAACUAGCAAAGCAAGAUAGGAGGACUGUGAUUGCAUCUAUUCAUCAGCCAAGUAGUGAAGUCUUUGAGCUCUUUCAUAAUCUCUGCCUUCUCUCCUCUGGUAGAACUGUCUAUUUUGGUUCCACUUCAACUGCAAAUGAGUUUUUUGCUUUGAAUGGGUUCCCAUGUCCACCAAUGAGGAACCCAUCUGAUCACUUUCUUAGAACUGUCAAUAAGGACUUUGAUGUGGAUGUUGAACACGGAUGUGGCAAAAGGAUGACGACUGUAGAAGCUAUUAACACACUUGUCAAGUCAUACAAAUUAUCAGAGGCUCAUCAUCAAGUUGAACAGAGUGUACACGGUUUAUGCCAACAGAAUGGAGGAACAAUGGAGAAGAAGGGAAGUCAAGCAGGGUUUAUUAAUCAGUGCCUUGUUCUCACAAGGAGAUCUUCUGUGAACAUGUAUCGAGAUUUGGGUUAUUACUGGCUUCGCCUUGCAAUUUACAUAGCACUGUGCUUAUGUGUUGGGACUAUCUACCAUAACAUUGGCUCCAGUUUUGGCUCCAUUCAAGCUAGAGGUUCGAUGCUCAUGUUUGUUGCAGCAUUUUUGACUUUCAUGGCUAUCGGUGGAUUUCCUUCUUUUGUCGAGGACAUGAAGAUUUUCACCCGAGAAAGGUUAAACGGACACUAUGGGGUUGGUGCUUUUGUUGUGGGAAACACAUUUUCUUCCAUGCCAUACUUGUUUAUGAUCUCUGUAAUCCCCGGGGCAAUGGCUUAUUACCUCACCGGACUUCAAAAAGGACUUGAUCAUUUUGUCUACUUUGUUGUUAUGCUCUUCGCGUGCAUGUUGCUAGUCGAAAGCCUAAUGAUGAUUGUCGCCAGCAUUGUUCCUGAUUUUCUCAUGGGAAUCAUAACAGGAGCUGGAAUUCAAGGCGUGAUGAUGUUGAAUGGAGGCUUCUUUCGAUUGCCAAAUGAUCUUCCAAAGCCAUUUUGGAGAUAUCCAAUGUACUACAUUGCCUUCCACAAGUAUGCAAACCAAGGGUUCUACAAGAACGAGUUCGAAGGACUCACUUUUCCUAACCCAACAGGAGGGUUCAUUAGUGGAGAUGAGAUAUUGAGAAGUACUUGGCAAGUAGAGAUGGGUUACUCCAAGUGGGCUGAUGUGGGUAUUUUGCUGGGGAUGGUGGUUCUAUAUAGGCUCAUGUUUUUGGGAAUUGUAAAGACUGUUGAGAAAGUUAAGCCCAUUCUCAGGUCUCUCAUGGCUGCUUCUUCUAAACAGUCGACACAUAUGGAAGAUCCUUAUUCGACACCAGUACAUUAAUCAAGAGUAUUGUAAUUAUGUUCCUGAUCAGUGACUUGUUGGUUUGAUAAUUGUGUGAGUAAUGUAUUUUGUGAGUGAUAAAUAACAGCUGAGUGUCAAUCAUAAUGGUUGGAGUAGCUUUUGUUCUAAGUGUGAGACUUAAUACAAAACAAAAAGUUGUAAUCGUAAUUUGUGUUACUAUUCUACAUGUCCCUAGUAUAAUGAAGUGUGUCGUUUCUUUUA